AAAACUGUUUCAACCGGAGCUGCACUCGCAUUUUGACCCAGAGACAUAUCCUUCGAGUUUAUUUCGUUGCUCUGGGUAGCCUUCCAGAAUAAACCUUAGGCUCUUAUUCUUAAUCCUAGAAUAUGUUCUUCACAGCUUACUACGUACUACUGCUGUGUCUUAUCUUCACCGUAUUGGUGAAUGCGGCAGAUCUAUACAAAACACUCGAGCUUUCGAAACAUGCAUCGGAGCAAGAUAUCCGGAAGGCUUACAAACGUUUGAGCAGAAAAUACCACCCAGACAAGAACCAGGAGCCAGGAGCGGAGGCGAAAUUCGUGGAGAUUGCGCAUGCAUAUGAAGUUCUAUCGGAUUCAACGAAACGUCAAAUAUAUGAUCGCCACGGUGAAGAGGGAUUGAAGGCUCAUGAAGGCGGCCAGCAAUAUGCAAAUCCACAUGACAUUUUUGCCAACUUCUUUGGUGGAGGCUUUGCGUCACAACAGCAAGUGCGUAGAGGACCGACUUCAACGAUGGAUUUUGAAAUCACCCUGGCUGAUAUGUAUAAAGGUGCCAGCAUAGAUUUCAUGGUCAAGAAAAACAUUCUUUGCGACCACUGUCGAGGUUCGGGAGCUGCGUCAGAUAGUGACAUUCAUACCUGUUCCGGUUGUGGUGGAUCGGGCGUGAAGGUUGGCAGGCAACAAGUCUUCCCGGGUAUGUUUGCGCAAACUCAGAUGACCUGCAACGACUGCAGUGGGCGAGGACGAGUUAUCGUCAAAGAGUGCCCGCAUUGCAAGGGUCAGAAGGUCAUCGACCACAUGGCCCAAUAUACGCUGGAGGUCGACCCGGGUACACCUGAAGGACACGAGGUUGUAUUUGAUGGCGAGGGCGACGAGAGCCCUGAUUGGGAAGCAGGUGAUAUCAUUCUGCGAAUAAAGAGCAAGAAAGAAAAAGGAAGCUGGCGCAGGAAGGAAAGUAGUUUGUACUGGAGGGAAACUAUUGGUAUUGAAGAGGCGUUGCUUGGAUUCCAACGGAAUCUUACGCAUCUCGAUGGUCAUAUAGUUACAUUGGACCGGACAGGUGUAACACAGCCUGGUUUCGUUCAGAUGAUUGCUGGAGAAGGCAUGCCAGUAUUCGAGCAGUAUACGCAUGGUGACCUCUUUAUUGAAUAUAACGUUGUGUUACCUGUGGAACUUGGUCCUGAUAUGCGACGCAAACUUGCAGAAGCAUUCUAUGGCUCAAGGGAACGUCAGAAAGACGAACUAUAGACUACAUGAGGUGGUGGAACAGUCUUGUAAGAGACGGCUAUAUUAGAAACAACUGUUGCACCUGACAUGCGUGCUGACGCCGGUGUGAGGAUAAUGAAUUACAAUCGCUUUGUCUUCAUUUUAUACAUAAAAGGCCUAUUGCUAUUGCUGACACCUGUGG